GGUUUCCCGUAUGAAGGAAACGAAGUGCAUGUUCUGCAGAAAGGCAGACAAGCACGAUCGUGGUUGGGAGGAGUGUUCUAAGUGCGGUUCGUGGGCUCAUACAAAGUGCUCGGGCGUGGAUGAAGAGUCGGAAGAAGAGUGGAUCUGUCCGAAGUGUGUCGACUCCGAAUUUCUGCUGAAAGUUCCGGGGAAUAAGACGAAGAAGUCGGGCGCCAUCAGCGAUUCGGGAACCGUCCCAGGCGCUAGUUCUGUUGCAGUUCCAACUGAAGAGGAGUUGGCUGAGGAACAGCGUGCCGAGCGGGAGGCUUUCGUGAAGCAAAUUGAGCUGCGCAAGAAACGUCUGGCGGAAAAGCUGGCCUGGAGCGAGCAGAGGAUGAAGGAGGAGGCGGAAAUGCAGGCGCUUGAGUUGAAAACUCAGCGCGAGAUCGAGCAGAAGCAGCUGGCGCACGAUCAGGAGAUGCUGCAGCGUCAGUUGUCUGUAGAGAAGGAGUUUUUAAAGAAACGGUCAGCUCUGAAGAAGCAGAUCGAUGCUAGCAAGGCCAAGGUCGAAGCGCUGAAGGCCGAGAAGUCCACGGAGCAGAAAGUGACCGACUGGUUGAAGGGCGGCGAGAACUCUGGAACUGGAGGGAAACCGAAGCCAAAGCCGAAACCGGAAGUCACUCCGGAGAGCAGCGAUCAUGAGGACUCUGGAGAAGAUAGCGAUUCGGUCAAGUCCGCAAAAGGUGGCGUCAAGAAGGGUGGCGGAUCGUUUGGCAACACUACUCGCAUCACGCGAGAGCAAAUGGCCGCGCGAAAGGUGGUGUCGCAUGCCUUGCCGAAGUUCAAGGGCGAACCGGAAGUCUGGCCGCUGUUCAUCAGUUGCUUCGAGCACACCACGGCAGCGUGUGGCUUCUCCAACAUCGAAAAUCUCACGCGGCUCGUAGAAGCACUUGACGGCGAGGCGCUGGAGAACGUGCGAAGCAGCCUAGUUUUCCCGAGUGCGGUGCCGGGCAUCAUCCAAGAUCUCCGAAACAUGUUCGGGAGACCAGAGAAGCUACUGAAAGCGUUGCUGGAGAAGGUGAGGCAGGCGCCGGCACCGCAUGCCGAUCGCUUGGGUACCUUCAUUAACUUCGGGAUGGUGGUGAAGCAGUUGUGCGACCACCUUGAAGCUGCAGGCCUGCAAGACCACCUGAACAAUCCCAUGCUGGUGCAGGAGCUGAUCGAGAAGUUGCCGCCUAGCUAUCAGAUGGAUUGGGUCAGGUUCAAGCGGGGCAACAAGGAGAAUCCACUGCGAAGGUUUGCGAACUUUAUGAAGGGGAUCGUGGACGACGCUUCGGAAGUGGCGGAUUUCUCACCCCAGAACUCGAGCGACAACAGCAAGCCAGAAAGAGGAAAGCCGCAUGGCAGAGCGUUCGUUCAUGUCCAUGAAACGGAGCUGAAUCAGGACGAAGCGCCGCGCAUCGAGAGACCCAGCAGGCCCUGCUGGUUCUGCAAGCGGGCGGAUCAUUUCAUCCGAUCCUGCGAGGACUUCAAGCGAAUGAACGUCGCGGAACGGCUGAGGGAAGUGGAGAGAUUGAAGCUGUGUGGCCGGUGUCUGAACAAUCACGGUUCUAGACCGUGUAACUUCAGGGGCCGGUGUACGGUGCCGAACUGCGUCGGCGACCAUCAUCCCCUCUUACACCGCGCGGAAGAGACGGUGCAGCUGCAGAAAGCGGAGAACUCGAGUCGUUCGGUGAUUUUCCGCAUGAUGCCAGUAACACUGCACGCCGGAAAGAGACAGUACGACACUGUAGCGUUCCUGGACGAAGGAUCGUCGGCGACGCUGGUGGAUGACGCCGUGGCCAAGCAGUUGAAGGCAGAGGGAGUUCCAGAGCCGUUGAUUGUCAACUGGACCGGAAACAUCAACCGGAUUGAGGACGGAUCGCGUAAGGUGGAGUUGAUGCUGUCAGCCAAGGGAUCGACAGAGAAGUUUCCGCUGUCGACGCGAACCGUUGGAGAGCUGCUUUUGCCACAGCAGGACGUGAACUACCCAGAAGUGGUAGGAAAGUACACGCAUCUGUCCGGCGUGCCGCUGGAAGAUCUUCCGUCAGGUGUACCGACGAUCCUGAUCGGAUUGGACAACCUGCAUCUGUUCGCGCCAUUGGAGUCACGAAUCGGCCAGCCUUGUGAGCCGAUUGCCGUGCGAUCGAAGGUCGGAUGGACGGUUUACGGAACGGAGAAGCGCAAACCGCGCAGAAGUGUCCAUUUGAAUGUGCACUCGGUGGUUCCAGUGAGCAGCAGUCAAGCGCCCGAAAAGCGGAAGGUGCCGGAUAUGCAGGACGGCAGAAAGCCGUCUACAGUUCCGGUUAGCGAGCCCAAGGAGACGCAAGCACGAGAGAUUCUGGAAGAAUCGACGACCACUCUGGGUCGAGAGCCGGAGAAGAACCCGGCACUGAAGGAGAAAAAUGAGCCCACGAAUCGCCAGCGGAACGAGGACUGCACAACCGAAGAUGAGCAGCUGGAAAAGCCGAGAGCGGCAGCGAGCGAACAUCGUUUGGACCCCGGGGCAGUUCCGAAUACCAACGGCCACGAGACGAGCAAGGCGCCAACGAAGAUGGUCCGGGAAAUCGUCAACAACUGCGCGGCUCAGCUGACGUGGGUGCGGACGACGUGGUCGGUCAAUCCUCCCCUGUCAUCUCACUUGGGAGAUGCUUGGGAGCGACUGAUGCGAUCGGUCAGUGAAGCGCUCAUGGCGCUAGACCAUGGGCGGCGGCUUAUGGACGAGAUCCAAAAGACUGCCAUCGACGAAGCGGAGAACGCACGUCCGCUUGCAUACGUGUUGCAGCAGUCGGACGAGGCUGAAGCGAUUUAUCCCAUAUCUUUUCAGCGAGAUGCUUCACCAAACCAACCGGGCGGGGCUCUACCGUCGCCACAUCCGGCGGUGGCUCUACGGGACACGUGGCAGCGUCCCAAACAGCUGGCCGGCGCAACAUGGAAACGACGAAGCGACGAGAACCUGCCAAGGCGGACGAGGUUCGGGAAGACGAUGUCGCGGGAGAGAAAUGCCCAGACCAAGGAGGGCAACGAACGGAAGUGCUGGAUUCGGGGCCCCGUGGACGAAUCGAUCGUGGGCAAGGACGAGUGGGUGAGCAAGGCGUGCGUGCGCACCGAAAGCGGCUGGUGCAAACGAGCGGUGGCAAAGCUGGCAGUGUCGGAGAUGCGAGUAGGUAACCCUAAACCGGAAGCGAACUCCCGGAUCGGGUUACGGGCCGGGGAAUGUUCCGACAACACUGCCACCCGAUCAGACACUGUCGCAGCAACGCCGCAAAUUGUUUCGACGCGACGCGUUGACAAUGACUGUCACGAGAGAGAGAGAGAGCGAGAGAGAUAGAGAGUAGAAAAAGUGCAAAGUCAACGUAAACAAACGUUCACAAGAAGUUAGAGGAAAGUGGAAAAAGUUUACGUGCAGCUAGAAGAUAGGAAGAUAGUGAGAAGUGUUGAAAAGUGCGCUUUUUUGUGCGAUUUGUGGAUUGAAUCCGGCGUGCAUGCAACACGAAGUGGACGAUCACAAACGAGGAGGUACAAUCACGAUCGAACGCAAGACUGUAGUACGGUUGCGCGACUAGAAAACGUUCCGAGGGAACAACAGAGGGCCGCUAGAUCACGGCCAAGAACGACACACAGACGGCAAGGCAGAAUUGGAUUCCGGCGGAGUCAGCAGGGAAUUUCAAUUGAACUUGUAAGUUACACUGAACAAAAAGUGCACGAUAGAUUUAAAAGAUUAAAAUGAUGAAUUUGGAUAGGAUUGUGGAUAGGACGGUUACAAGGAGCAGGAAAGGAUUUCCGGAAAGGAUCAAACUAAAAAAUGUAAGGAAACACACACGCACACACACACAUGUACAUUUACAAACACACUAAAAACUGUUCUUAAAUACAUUCAACAGUUUGAUCUGCUGCGAAGCGGCUGAUUCACAAAAUUUAGUUGGAUUAUUUCUACACCGU